AUUCAGUGGCAGGUCGAGCCAAUACAUGUUCGGUUGUUGUUGUCUGAUUUCUUUCAUCUGCAAUUGUACCAGUUGCUGCAACGGGUAUUAAAUUUUUUGAAGGAUAUUUCAAAUUAAAUAUUUUUUACUUAGCUUUCAUUUUCAUUCAAGAUAUUAACUUUUUUUUAAAAAAAAUAGUUUUGACUGACAAUUUUUUUCCUGAGCUAAUGGAAAUUAUUUGUAACAGCUACAGAUAAAACACACUGUGAUCGAAACUGGACUCUUAAUUUAAUCGUGAUUUUGCUUGAUAGUUACGGAAGCACAAUUUUUCAACAGGAGAAAUAAAAAUGCUGUUAUAAAGUUUUGGAUAUUUAAGAAGUGAAAAAAAAAACAGUUUUUAGCUAGUCUUCCAUUUAUCAUAUCAUUACGUAUGGCAUAAGUUGGAACAUUUUUAGUGCAUAAAAACGAUUUAAAAUAGUAUCUUUUGUGGUAGAUAUAAUGCAACAAUAAUCACUUGUGCAAAUUAAUUUAUUCUGAACAAUAUCAAAUAAGUGCUCCAUACAUGUGAUAUAUUGAAUAUCAUUAAUUGAAAAUUCGGUUUCGGAAAAUAAACAAGUUGUAUUUAUUGCAAUAUUGAAUAGGUACGCUGCUUAUCAUUCAAAUCUAUGUGAGGUAUACUAAAAAUGAUAUAUUUAUAACUAUAAAAGGAUGAUUAAUACGCACAUGUAGCAUAUUAUUUUAAGGAUUUUUAGCAAGUCAGAAGAAUAUGGCUCAACAUGCUUGGACAAGUUCUCUAAACAAUAGUGUAAAAUUCAAUUUCUUAGUACUCAUUCCUAUAUUUUUAUUUUUCUGCAAAGUAGUCGCCUUAUCUGUUGUGUCUCCAUGUGUAAACUGUGAAGAUAUGCACGUGAAACUUUCUCAAAGCUUACCAAUGGAAUCUGAUGUCCCGGUGAUGGACGACAGAAUGGUGCGCUGCCCAGAAAUAUGCAGAUGUUCAGACAUUUAUCCACAAUGCCAAGAUGGUGUUCCAGUUGUGAUGGAUGGUUGUGGUUGCUGUCCAGUAUGUGCACGGCAACAGGGAGAUACCUGUAAUUCUGUACAGGUUUGUGACGUAACAAGAAAGCUGCAGUGCAUUUAUGCAGAUGUAUUCUCAACAUCUGGUAUAUGUAGAGUAAGAAGAGGACAAGGCUGUCAUGUUGGACAGACAACUUACAGAGAUGGUGAAACAUUUAAACUGGACUGUCGUACACAGUGCACAUGUCAGAAUGGGACUUAUGGGUGUGUGUCUUUGUGUCCUCAUGAAAAUGUUCGACCAUCAUCAAAGUGUCAUCAUCCACAACUGGUUAAAAUGCAUGGAUCCUGCUGUCGAGAAUGGCUUUGUGAUUCAACCUUGAUUGAAGAUAGGAAGAAACACUGUCAACCUUACACAAGUGAAUGGACCUCAUGUUCUACAACAUGCGGUACAGGUAUAUCAUCACGCAUAUCAAACGACAACCCCGAGUGUAAGUUAAAAAAUGAAACAAGGCUUUGUUUACUGAGACCCUGUCCAACAAAAGAGGACAUUCCACAAUUCACUUCUCAUGGACAUCAUGUAAGAAAGAACCAUUUAUGCCGAGCAACAAUACGCAGCACCACUCCCAUUCGAUUAACCGAUGAAGGGAAUUGCACUAGUGUUGAGCUCUUUCAACCUAAAUACUGUGGCUACUGCACGACGCACCACUGUUGCUUUCCCAAAGUAACGACGAGCAAAAGAAUUCAGUUUCGUUGCAUUGACGAGGAAGGGACUAACAUCAUGCAAAAGGAUGUUCUAUGGAUAAUUAAAUGUAAUUGCACAGAAACUUGCUAGUUCAGGCUUCUAGAAAAAUAUGUUAUCUAAUACUACCGUCCAUUUGACUUUAUUAAUUUAAACAACAAGCUUUUACACUCUAAAUAGAAAUAACUGAAUAUUUUGAGAAGAUAUGAUAUGAAAACUGCCUGUACAGAGAAAAAACAAGAUAUUCCAUUGGGAAAAGUGACCCAUAUAGCUCUUCGACUUUCUUACAACAACCAGUGACUUCAACCUUGAAGUUUCGUAACUUCCUACGAUGCUGAAGACCACAAUGAAUUAUAAAAAAGAAAUUUAAACCAUUAAAAUAUAAGGAGAAAUGUACGACCAAAAUUUUUAUUGAGAAACAGUCUUGGCACUAACUAUUUGUUUUUAAUCCUUUAUGACACACCAGGUAAUUGCACAAUACUCUCAAAGGUACUUGUGAUAUUAGAGUUUAAAGCUGCUCUUUGCUAACAAUGAAGCUUUUUUUCCUUAAUAGACUUGCUAUUAACAACUUGCUAUCUGGUCUUUUAAAAGACCUUUAAAUUCCCACAAGAUCUUGUGAAGAACAAUUAAUUGUUUUAACUUUCUGCGAAGUUCUUCGUAACAGCACAAUGCUCUCAAAGGUUCUUGUGAUAUUAAAGUUUAAAUGUACUGUUUCGUAUCAUUAAAGCUCUUUGCCUUGGCACUAUCAGAUUUCUAUAUUGAAAGGUCUUUGAUUUCUAACAAGAUCUUUUGAAGAACUAAACUUAUAACAGGUCGUUAAUCUCAUUAAAGAUAGUAUUUAUGUAACAGGAUGAUGAAAGAAGUAUUCUUGUAACAGCAGCGGAAAUCAAAGCAAGAAACUUUGGAUUGGUUGUCAGAUACUCUUUGGCUGGAAAAUGUUAUGUAACAAAAAUAGCAAUGUAUAUAGUUUUUCAACUCAGAAUUUCUAAUUAAUGAUUGAAAACACAAAGCAACAAAACCAGUGUAUAUCUCAUCACUGAUGCGAGUUUAAUGUAUCGCAAUGCAAUAGUUUAUAAUAGGAGUAAAGCAAGGUGGUGUACCUUCAUUAAUUACUACGAAUGCUACAUAUUUAAUGCAUGAAGGUCGUGUUUGAAUAGUGGAUCAACCCCAUUUAUAUAUUUAAAAAGAUAUGAGGUUAGUUAUAUUUAUAUAAGUCAUCCUCAUAUAUUUUAAAACUAUUACACCUCCUGAUUCUUCUGAAAAAUGAAGAACUCUAGAAAUCAGAUUAUAGUUUGUAUUUGUAAAUAGAAUAUGCGUCUCAAAACUAAGUGAUUUUCUCACUCUCAUCACUUUUACCCUCUGCGUUACCAUGGUCUCGCAAAUCUAACUUUUUCCCACUCAAGACGUCUGUUCUAUUUGCAAAGAUUUGGAUUGGGAAAACAACAUAACUAAACUUAAUGGCUCUUUAAUUCAAAAUGAACAAACAAAGACAGAAUUGGCUCACUACUUAAAUUAGGCCUUCUUACAAUAUCCCAAUGCUGGAUAAUGUAUUAUAAUAAGAUUUUAUGAAAAUGAUAAAAUUUACUCAUUUCUGAACUUCGGAAUGUGUGCAAUCAAGGUUCAUAUCCCUGAGCAAAGUUUUCAAAGAACGCUUAGCCUUUUAAUACGCAAAAGUGUGAGCAAAUUUGCACAAACAUUCCCAUUCUGUGUUCUUUUAUACCGUGAUAUAACACUAAAAAAACAAUUAGAAAUGAAUGAAAGCAAUCAGGUCUUCAAUUUGCCAGUUAGAAAGACGUAAUACAACAAUUCAAGUGGAAAAUAAUGAUAAAUUGUGAUUGAAUUCAAUGUGAUAAUAUUUAAUUUAUAAUAAUUUAGAAACCUCUAUUUGAGCUAUAUGGGUGAAUGUUGACUUCUACAAUUGUGAAUAACUCAGAGCUUUAAGCUUGAAAAUUUGACAAUGUCUUUAAAAGAGAAUACAUCGAAUACUUAGAAUAUAUAAUUUUGUUCUCAAAAUUAUAACAUUCAAAGAGUCAUUGCUAAAUUUAUUAUCUAAAUUACAAUUCAUGUCAUUUACUUAAAGUUGAUAAGUGACAAUUACAAGGAUUAUCAUACAACUGCAAUCACAUGUAGAGGGCAUUAUCAUUUAUCUAUUUUAUAAGAAGGUGCUUUCGUUACAUAUCACUAAAUUAACUUGAAGUAUUUUUAUUGUUAAGGAUUUAAUUUAAUAUUUAAUUUCGUUUGUUAAUAGUUAACCAAAAUAGUUUAAAAGGAAUUUGGGUAUUUGUUAAAUACACACAAUUUGAUAAUUCGCACAUUAAACUGUAUUUAAAGUAAAUAUCUUCAUUGCAACAUUUAAGACGUUAAUAACUAAUCUUAACCGUACUCUACUAUAAAAAACUCCGUAUCAAAUUGCUGUAAAAAGUACUGUCACUAUGUGUGCAUCAUCCGUUAAGUUGAUUAUACUAUACAAUCUAUUUUUACAGUAAUAUUUUAUACCGUAUAUUUUACAGUAAUCAUUUAACUACAGUAAUUCAGUGAUUUUACAAUAAAUAUUACUAUAAAAAUUAUGCUAUAUUUAAU